CUCUCUCUCUCUCUCUCUCUCUCUCUCUCUGAGAUUGAUCUGCGAGGCCGAGAAUGGAGCUCUUCUACUUCUUGGUGUUCGGUGGUCUCUCGGCGGUGGUGGCAGCAUUGGAGCUGAGCAAAUCCAGCAAAGAUCGGAUCAACACCCCCUCUGCUUUCAAUGCAUUUAAGAACAAUUACCUCCUUGUUUACUCUCUCAUGAUGGCCGGGGAUUGGCUGCAGGGUCCAUAUGUUUACUACCUUUACAGUCAGUAUGGGUUUGGAAAGGGGGAUAUUGGGCACCUCUUCAUUGCUGGGUUUGGAUCCUCUAUGUUGUUUGGGACAAUUGUUGGAUCUCUAGCUGAUAAACAGGGUCGGAAGAGGGCAUCUAUUACUUACUGCAUAACCUAUAUUCUAAGCUGCAUCACCAAACAUUCUCCUCAGUACAAAGUUUUAAUGGUGGGGCGCAUAUUGGGUGGAAUUGCCACUUCUCUACUCUUUUCAGCUUUUGAGUCUUGGCUUGUCGCAGAACACAAUAAGAGGGGUUUUGAGCAGCAAUGGCUUUCAAUAACAUUCUCGAAGGCAAUAUUUCUUGGCAAUGGUCUGGUAGCUAUUGUAUCUGGGUUGUUUGGAAAUCUACUUGUUGAUACUCUGGGACUUGGCCCUGUUUCUCCAUUUGAUGCUGCUGCAUGCUUUCUGGCAAUUGGCAUGGCGAUUAUAAUGUCAUCUUGGAGUGAAAACUAUGGAGACCCUUCAGAAAACAAGGACUUGCUUACCCAGUUCAAGGGUGCUGCUGUGGCUAUUGCUUCUGAUGAGAAAAUCGCAUUGCUGGGUGCCAUACAAUCCCUAUUUGAAGGGUCAAUGUACACCUUUGUGUUCCUCUGGACUCCUGCUCUAAGCCCAAAUGGUGAGGACAUUCCGCAUGGUUUCAUAUUUGCAACGUUCAUGUUGUCUUCAAUGUUGGGAAGCUCUAUCGCAUCUCGACUGAUGGCUCAAUCAUCUCCCAAAGUUGAGAGCUACAUGCAGAUUGUUUUUGUCAUCUCCUCAGCAUCCCUCCUGCUCCCCAUUAUUACCAGUUUCUUGAUAGCACCUUCCAAAGUGAAAGGUGGAAGUAUCUCCUUUUCGGGGUGUAUUCUGGUUGUUGGCUUCUGUGCGUUUGAGGCCUGUGUGGGGAUAUUCUGGCCAUCUAUCAUGAAGAUGAGGUCCCAAUACAUUCCUGAGGAGGCAAGGAGCACAAUCAUGAACUUCUUUCGCAUUCCUCUAAACAUCUUUGUCUGCAUUGUGCUGUACAAUGUUGAUGGGUUUCCCAUGACCAUCAUGUUUGGAAUGUGCUCGAUUUUUCUCUUUGUGGCUGCAAUACUGCAGAGGCGGCUCAUGACGAUUGUAGAGAGCCAAAAGUCAAAACCACAAGACUGGACAGCACUGGAGAGGUCUGCGGAAGAAGAGUCAUUAAAUGUCUGAUUGAUUUGGAAGAAGAAUAACCUUUGGAAGUUUGAAGGUUAAAAACCAUCCACAUUGUUCUAUUGUGAAUUGUUGGAGUGCAAUCUGGUUGCUGUUUGGAUUGAUAAGGAAAGGGGGAAUGUUGAUCGAGUCCUUGCUAAGAAGGCAUAAAGAUUUUCAAGGGAACAACCAGGUGGUGGCCAUUAACAUAAAAGAGAUUAGGUAAAAGAAUUAUAUAGUUAGUGCUUUUAGAUCUUGUCUUCUGCAAUUACUGUAAACUGGUACUGCAAACGCUCUGGUAUUUCAAAAUUUAAGUUGUUUGCCAUUAUAUGUAAUGAUAGCUUCGAUUUUUGUAAUUUCACUUUUUUUUUCUUUUU